GACGGCUGUGGCAAAGCAUUCACAACCAGCGGGCACCUUGCGCGCCACCAGCGGAUCCACACGGGCGAGAAGAAUUUCUCGUGCCUGUUCCCAGGAUGCACCAGCCGCUUCUCGCGCCAGGACAACAUGAUGCAGCAUUACCGCACCCACCUGUCG